AAUAAUUUUCGACUUCAAGUCUUCAUGCAUGCUAGCUCGAGUUUACUGUUGAUCUUGGGCAGUUUUGUAUUGCCUUUCUUUGUGCAAUCCCAACCAACUGCCCCAACCUCAGCAAAGCUAUCUGAAAGCAGAUUAUUCAGCUUGGGGCUUGCUUAUAUCGGGACCAGAAUUUUGGCUGAUUCGGUGCGAUGGGAUCAAAGACGAAGAAGCUGCUCAAAACUCAUCCCAGUGCCUGCAGUAAUGACCCUUCCAGGGAGAGAGUACUGGACAAGCGGCGGCAGGCGCUGUGCGAGGUUCGAAUGGCAGAGCAGAGCGUCAACCUAGCCGGGCGCAAAUGCGUGGCCAUUGAUUGCGAGAUGGUUGGAACAGGCGAGCGAGGUAGACGGAGUGAAUUAGCUCGCUGCUCCAUUGUGGACGUGAACGGUAAAUGCAUAAUGGAUGAGUAUGUGCUGCCUCAGCACCCGAUCACGGACUAUCGCACGCGAUUCAGUGGCAUACGGCCGCGUCACAUGAAGAAAGCCGUCAGAUUCAAGUCCGUGCAGCGCCGGGUGACGCGAAUCCUACGCGACUCUCUGCUGGUGGGGCAUGCGCUGCGAAACGAUCUCGGUGUGCUGGCUCUGAAACACCCGAAGGAGAGCGUUCGCGAUACGGAGCGCUGCAAGCAGCUGCGCUUGGUGCCGGACCUCGACGAGGCGGUGACGCCAUCUCUGCGGCGUCUGGCGCGUCAUCACUUGCAGCGCAUUAUACAGGACGGCGAACACGACUCCGUUGUGGACGCACGGGCCACCAUGGAACUGUAUCGGAUGUUCGAAGAGCACUGGGAGCUGGAUAUCAAGCUGAAGAACAGUGACUGGAUGGAUGAUCAGUUCUGGCCGGAGUCCAUGUCGAAUUGCAACAGCAGAUGUCCAAGUGAUGAUGAAAGUAAGUAAGUCUGAACAAAAAAACGUUUGACUUUGAAAAAUUUCUUUAGGUUCUCACGCAUAGUGGAUGUAUUUAGGUGAAGACACGGCACCUUGCCGGAAUCAUAUUUUAAUUUAUUAUUAUCAUCAGCACAGUUAGUCAUGGUGUGCUUUUUCAGCACUAUAUUUCUCUCGCUCUCUCGCUCUCUCUCUCUCUCUCUCUCUCUCUCUCUCUCUCUCUCUCUCUCUCCCCCUCUCUCUCUCUCUCUCUCUCUCUCUCUCUCCCUCUCUCUCUCUCAUUCAAGCUUUUAUUUUCUGGCUGUUAGCUUCCAAGGCCUCAGAUCCAGUGCAUGAGUCUUGGUGCUAAGUACGCCUCAUGGCCAGGGGCUAUCUACCCUUUUCCGGGGGCCUGUCCAUGUCCCGGAUAUGUGUGGAUAUCAGGUGGGUGGAUGUCUGCCCAAGUACGAGUAUUUCACAUGUGGAUACCCUCCUCCCCAUUCCAUUAUGUAUUUAUAAGUUUGAGAGAGUUGAAGCCUCCCGCUAUGUUUUUGACUUCUAGCAUAUGAUUUUCUCUCUCUCUGCCUCUGUAGUUUGGUUGUGCUGGCACCACUUCACUGUUUCAGCCAGUGCUCUCACUGAGUUCUACUUUCUUGAUGAUGCUCUACAGGCCGAAAUAUUCCCCUUCCAUUCCAUUGCUCAUGCCUAAAGCUCUGGGGAGGUUUAAUCCGCGUAUUUUUCACCUUUAGGAUUGUUGCGACUGGUGAUUUUAAAAACACCUUCUCGCUCUAAGUUCAAGCUGUGUGUGAAUUUGAAGGUAGCAGCUGCUGUGUUGCAGCGCUGUUUCA